AUGCUGAGUUUUAAGGAUUUUCAAAGGACAGUGGCUGAUUGCUGGAAAAAAGAAAUUAAAGGAACUCCAAUGUACUGUUUGAUCAGCAAAUUAAAAAGGCUCAGACUAGUUCUUAUGAAGAUAAACAGAGAAGGAAAGGGAGAUGCUUUUAUCAAAGAUGCUAAAAAGUAUAAAAAUAUGAUUGAAAUUCAAGAAAGAAUUAAGGAGGCUCCAGAGAAUACUCAGUUGAUGGAUGAGGAAAUACUAGCUAGACGGGAAUAUCAACAAGCCCAUUCAGAUUUGAUUCAGUUCAUGCGUCAGAAAGUGAAAGUAGAUUGGCUAAAAAAUGGGGAUGCCAACACAAAGUUAUUUCACAGCAGUAUUAGAAAUAGGCGAAUCCAGAAUUCGAUUUACUCAGUCUGGGAUAUGAAAGGAAAUUGGGUUGAUACACAGGAAGGGGAAGGGAGGAAAUCGGUUUUAACCAAGGUGGUUCAAGAUGGGAAAGUGAUAACAGCUCAGCAAGCUGAAUUUCUAUUGGAAAAUUACACUGAUAAAGAAGUUAAAGUAGCCUUGUUUUCGAUUCCGGAUGAAAAGGCUCCGGGUCCGGAUGGUUAUAGCAGCACUUUUUUCAAGCAAACUUGGGAUAUUACUGGAAAAGAUUUGAUAGAGGCAGUACUCUCUUUUCUUCAUACAUGCAAGCUACUUAAAGAGCUCAAUACUACCACAGUAACUCUUGUUCCCAAAGUAAAAUGUCCUCAAAAUGUCAGUGAUUACAGGCCUAUAGCGUGCUGCAAUGUAGUUUACAAAAUAGCCACAAAGCUUAUCUGUUCUAGGCUUAGAGAGGUCCUUCCUACAAUUAUUUCAGAGAACCAAAGUGGGUUUGUUUAA